AUGUCGUGGCCGCACACGGCGCAGAAGAGCGGGACCAUGGGCAGCCUCGAUUCGCAACGUGGGCACGAGGCGGUCGAACGCAGACUGGGCUUGAUCUGCUGCGCAUUUGUGAUUUCUUCGUGUGACUUGGUAGAGAGAGUCGAGGGCGAGAAGCCCCUGACGAGCGGCGUGGGGGCACACAAGCUGCGAACGACGAGGCAGUGGCUCGACAAUGCGCGGCCAGCUGGCCGGAGGUGUGUCGUCCCUACAUUCAAUACACUUGACACUCAAAAGAAAGUUAGCGACUCGAGCAGAUGGCUACAACUCCCCCUCAGCUUGAAUGAGUUUGAACGCAUGCGUGACAAUGGCUUUGAUCCGAGAGGAGGUACGUUGUUGGGUAGUGAGUAUUUCGAUGGUGAAGCAACUACGUGGGAAGUUGUCGUCGGGAUUGACAUGAAGUGA